AUGUCGGUUUCGGAUUCCGUGCUCUCCUUCUAUCAAAUGGUUUCCCGUAGAAAAAGAAUAACAGCCUGCACCUGUAGAGAAUCGAACUUGCGUCGCUGCCUUUCCACCUCAGACUUAGUGGCUCUGGGUGUGGGCAGUACUUUGGGUGCAGGGGUGUAUCUCUUGGCGGGAGAAGUAGCCAAGACCAGCGCGGGCCCCAGUAUUGUCAUUUCCUUUCUGAUUGCUGCUCUGGUGUCCAUCCUGGCAGGACUGUGUUACGCUGAGUUUGGAGCCCGGGUGCCUUUGACCGGAUCAGCUUAUCUCUACAGCUACAUAACAGUUGGAGAGCUGUGGGCAUUUGUCACCGGCUGGAACCUGCUGCUCUCCUAUAUAAUUGGUACCUCCAGUGUAGCCAGAGCAUGGAGUGCUACUUUCGAUGAGCUCCUGGGCAAACGGAUUGGCACCUUUUUCAGCACCCAUAUGGCCAUGACCUCUCCGGGACUAGCUGAAUACCCUGAUAUCUUUGCUGUUUGCCUCAUUGUCCUACUGACAGGUCUCCUCUCAGUUGGGGUAAAAGAAUCCACCACAGUGAAUAAAGUCUUCACAGCUGUCAAUGUGCUUGUCCUUCUAUUCAUUAUAAUCAGUGGAUUCAUCAAAGGGGACCUGAAGAAUUGGAAGAUGAGCAAGAAUGAUCUGUUAAUGACUGCUACCCUCAGAUUUAGGAACCAAUCUGGCAAUGGAACUUGGGACUUUGGGGCUGGAGGGUUCAUGCCCUAUGGCUUCAGUGGGACCUUAGCUGGAGCUGCUACCUGUUUCUAUGCUUUCAUUGGGUUUGACUGCAUUGCGACUACAGGGGAAGAAGUAAAGAACCCCACAAAAGCCAUCCCAAUGGGGAUUGUUCUCUCUCUGCUCAUCUGCUUCUUAGCCUAUUCCGGUGUUUCAGCUGCCUUGACCCUGAUGAUGCCUUACCACCUUUUGGACACCAUGAGCCCUCUGCCAGUGGCUUUUGAAUACAAUGGAUGGAGCAUGGCCAAAUAUGCUGUGGCUGCGGGGUCUCUCUGUGCUCUGACCACCAGCUUGCUAGGUUCUAUGUUCCCGAUGCCACGGAUUUUAUUUGCCAUGGCCAGGGAUGGACUCCUCUUCCAAUCUUUGGCCAAAGUGAGCAGCCGACAGAGCCCAGUGAUUGCAACUCUGGUGUCUGGAGCUGUUGCAGGUUUAAUGGCUUUCCUUUUUGAUCUGAGGGCCUUGAUUGAUAUGAUGUCCAUUGGGACAUUGCUGGCCUACACACUAGUAGCUGUCUGUGUUCUUCUCCUCAGGUACCAACCUGAUCAGAAGUCACAAACUGAUGUGGAAAUUGAACUUCAGAUUGGAACAAUAAGAAAUGAGGUCUUUAAGUUAAGGGAGCAGGAUGAAACCAACCAAGGAGCUGUUAAGAAGAUGCCCCCCCUCACAGCAUGGUUUUCAGAGUCCAUUUUCUCUCCAGCUGUCCUAGUCUGCAUCACGUGUGUGCUGAGCACAGCAGGACUGCCAUGUUUGUUAUCUGGAGGUGCCUGGUGUGUCACCUGCCUUGUUCUCCUCUUCCUGGGGAUUCUGGUGGUGUCCCUAAUCAUCUGGAGGCAGCCACACAGCCAGAAGACAGCAGACUUCACGGUUCCCUGCCAGCCAUUCUUGCCCAUUCUCAGUGUCCUGGUCAAUAGCUACCUAAUGGUCCAACUCAGCGGCGACACCUGGCUUCGGUACAUGGUGUGGAUGGCUAUUGGCUUCCUAAUUUACUUUGGCUACGGGAUCCACCACAGUGCAGAGCGAUCCAGCCACAAAGAUCCAUCCCCAGAGAAGACAAAGCAGGCAACAGGUGACAUGGAUCCAGCUGUCACCUGGGAAAAAUAA